UUAUUUUUCACAAUCGCCCCCCAAACCGCACUUUCUCUCUCUAGAAUUCCUGCUUGUCGGUUUUCCCUCUCAUCUCAAUCUAGCCUAAUUCAUCCUCACUUCCAACCUUUCAAAAACCCUACUCCCCUCCUUUUCUCCUGCACAUGUGCGUGUAGAGGUAGAGAGAGAAAGCUGUAGUUCUGGGGUUUCGCUUGGUCAAGUUGAGUUCAGUUCAGUGAAGAGAGAUUUUUUACUUCGAUCGUAGCUUGCGAUCAUAUUUUGAUCUGGUGUUUAAGAGAGUUAAUCGCCACUUAAAGUUCGUUUCGAGCUCUACUUUUCUCGAAUCAUCGCGUUUCCGAGGUGUGAUCUCCGUAGUUCUGGUUUGAUCAGCUUCGUCACUCCACGGUUUGAUCCAUUAAUUCGUUUCAGAUCUUUGAUCACAGUGCAAGGCAAUGAUGGAUCUGAGUGAUAAAGGAUCGGAGUGUGAAGAAAUGAGUAGCCAAACACCUACUCCCGAUAGGGUUUCAUCUGACGGCUCAAAUGUGAAGACAUGUGUCGAUUGUGGUACCUCCAAAACCCCACUAUGGCGCGGUGGUCCAGCUGGGCCCAAGUCGCUCUGCAACGCAUGUGGAAUUCGCAGCAGGAAGAAGAGGAGGGCAUUAAUGGGAGUUGCCAAGGAGGAGAAGAAAACCAAGAAAUCUACCAAAAAUAUAGUUAGCCAUCAGAGCCACAGCAGCAACAACAGUUGUACCAGCAGCAGCGGCGAUAGUACCCCCGGGAAAAUUGGGGAUUCCUUGAAGAAGAAAUUGUGGGCAUUUGGUAGAGACGUAGCGUUGCAGAGACCAAGAUCGAAUACGAAUAGGAGGAGGAAAAUGGGAGAGGAAGAGCAAGCUGCAUUUCUCUUGAUGGCUUUGUCGUGUGGGUCGGUUUAUGCUUAGGGGUGUUGAACCUAGUGCUCUAGUUGUUGUACAACUCUUCCCUCUUUUUUGCCCCUUGGUUUUCGAGAGUGAGAUAGAGGGCUCAAAUGGGCUUUUUCGGAAUGUAACCCCUUCGAGAGCAUAAUAUCGAAAUUUGUUCUAAUUUAAUUUUGCUUAUAAUUCGCUUA